AUGCCCGCCAAAUGGCUGGCCGUAAUAGUUGUUUGGACAGCUCCAAAAGUAAAUAAAAUCACUAAGCAGAGCGUUUUGGAAUCUGGUCUAUCGAUAGCUGUGAGAUUAGACCCCUCAAAUGUACAACCCAAUAGAGUAUUACCAAGUUCAGAAGGUAACGAACGCCAUACGCGCUAUACCUCAUCCGUGGCGAACUGGCAAGGAUCACACCAUACUGUCGAAACUCAUUGGCAGGCGGAAUGGAACACAAGUAUCAACGUCACGGAAGCCCAACGAAACCGUUAUGUAUGA